AGGAGCGCUGGUUUCAUUUGUGUGUGGCUGAAGAAGCCGUCGGCUGAGGAGGGCUCGGACUCUUUCUACGGAACCGGUUCAAAAGCAAGACCGGAAAGACAACAAAUCCUCUCCGACAGGGACCGGCCAUGGAUAACAGCAAGAGGACGGUGGUCGUUACAGGUUUUGGUCCAUUUGGAGAGCACACAGUAAACCCCAGCUGGGUCGCAGUACAGGAGUUAAAGAAGCUUGGACUUGGAAGUGAAGUGGACCUGCAUGUAUCCGAGGUACCUGUGGAGUAUCAGACGGUCCAGAGUUUGGUUCCUUCAUUAUGGAAGCAGUAUCAUCCCCAGUUGGUCGUUCAUGUGGGAGUCUCGGGCAUGGCCACCACUGUAACUCUGGAGAAGUGUGGCAGGAAUCACGGCUAUAAAGGCCUGGACAACAGCAGCUUUUGUCCCGACUCGCAGUGUUGCGUGGUGGGAGGUCCGGACUGUAUCGACUCAGUUAUUGACAUGGAAUCAGUCUGUAAGAGAGUGACCGCCUCGGGGCUCGGAGUAGCUGUGUCCGUCUCUAAAGAUGCUGGAAGGUAUCUCUGUGACUUCACCUACUACACGUCUCUGUACCUGAGCCACGGCCGCUCCGCCUUCGUUCACGUGCCUCCUCUCGGAAAGCCUUACAGCGGGGAGGACCUGGGCCGCGCGCUGAAGGCUAUCAUCCAGGAGAUGCUGGAGCUCUUGGACCAGGCUGAGGAGAAGAUCCACUGCCAGCAGCACUUCCACUAAGUGACCUCCAGAUGCCAACCAGCCUCUCCAGCCUUCGCCACACAGAAGAACUUGCACUUGACCAUAAGUAGCCAAAACCUCUUGUUUGUUUUGUCGUGGACGAAACAUGAAAACUUCCUCAUUUACGAUCAGCUUUUGUUUGUGUUUGUCUUACGUGUUUGUUUCAUUCGUUGCUUCGCCUCAUUACGUCGUGUUUUGUAUCCCGGUGGUGUGAAUAUAGAGGGUUAGAUUAAAACUCUCAGUCCCUUUGUAACAUAAGAUGUUGUCCAACCUCAGAGGAAGAUCAAAUAUUCUGACCUCUUAGUAAAACGUUCAUGAAGACUCACGGACACAAGUGCUUUAUAAACAAUGAAUCUGUGGCAGAAUACUGCAACCUUGAAUCCAGAUGUGACUCCUAUGAAGGCACCUUAUAGGGGGUAGGGUUAUUAGACGGUUGUAGAAGUCACAUUCUGGGAAACGGUUGUGUGCAGUUUUUAACUCAAAGGAUUAAUGUACACGAUACAUUACGCUACUCGCUCGUUUCCUUUUUAACCGUUCUGUUUCACACUUGAUGUUGAAUUGUUUCUUUAAGUCUUUUUUUCUUUAUAAGAAGUUGUAAACUUGCCUUCUUUUACCAAGGUUACUUUAAUCAGGGAACGGGUUGGUUCCAGCUCUUCUUUCCCCGGCCCAAUUCUGACAGGACAAACCCUCAAACCCUCCGUCCUGAGGUCUGUCACCAGGAUGUGCAAUGUUAUUUUAACAGAUCUCAGGUUCGGGGAUUUUAAAUUUAGGGUUACAGAUUCUUAUUAGGGCUGCACUUUUUAUUUUACUGACAGCUGAGUUACCUCUUCUUAACCUAAAUGAUGUAUCCGUUGAUAUUCUUUUGAAGUGAACCAGUGGUAGAUAUUUUCCCUCUUGUGAAAAUGUGCUUCUCCUUUGAGGGGAGUGAAUCCUCCUCGUUAGGGGUGUAACGAUUCUUUGUAACAACGAUUCGAUUCGUAUCAUGAUUCGUGGUUGCCGAUAUUGGUUCAUUUAGAACAAUAGGAUCCGAAACAGUUCAGUGACUUGAAAUCGAUUCAGUAACUUUUUCUUUCUUUCACAAUUCUUUUUAUUGAUUUUGAUGUUACAGUGCAUGUAAGCUGGACAGUGUAAAAAAGGAGGUACAAAGAAUCUGUGCACAAAUGACAGCAUUUCAAUGCAACACAUUACAGCAAAUUUUACUGGCCUAUUCACGACCAUGACCCCAAGCCCCUCCCACCCGAACCUCACAUUACUUACAUAAGGCAACAAAGACAAAAACAAAAACAAACACAAAAAAAUAAUAAUAAUAAAAAAAAAAAUUUAAAAAACCCCACACAAAACAGACAGACCAAAUUAGGGAAGAUAAAGAUUCAGUAACUUUUCAGCCAAAAAUUCAACCAGUGUGACUUUGACAUAAAUCCCUUGAUACUGGACAGUCCUAGAGUCCUGUUGUUUCUUGUAAGGGAAUCAAGUAUAAAUUAAUUAUAGAUAUAAACGUGUGAAAUUCCAUGGCGCCUCAGUAGGUGGUUGGAUAGAUUCGUUGUGUUGCCGUAGGGCUGGGCGAAAUGGUCUAGGAAUAAAAUCCCCAUUUUUUUUUACAAAAAACUCAAUUUACGAUUUUAAUCUAUUUUGUGUUUUUCUCCUGAAAAAAAGAAAACUACAAAUGACUAACAACAAGUUUUGAUUUAAUUUUAUCAAUAGAAUUUGACAAAGGCAAACUGAAUUUCCCCUUAAAGGUACAGUGUGCAGUACAUAGUGACAGAACAGACAUGGUAGGAAUGGGACACAAUAUUCAUUGUACUGAUGUUCCUGUUUUGAUGGUAAAAACUUGACAAAUGGAGUAUCACACUUAUCAUUCAUCACAGGAACUUAUUUUCAUUAAAGGUGACAUAUCAUGCUUUUUUCAUCAACAUAUAUUGGUCUAAGAGGUCCCCAAAACAUGUCUUUAAAGUUUAUGCUCAAAAAAACACUUUGAAAUCAGAUUUUGGUCUGCCUGAAAAACCCUCUUUUUCAGCCCUGCUCAGAACAGUCUGUUUUCCCUCUGACCCCGCCCCCUCAGGAAGUGGGUGUGGCCUCGGCUCUCCAGCACGUUGAUCUAAUGUUUACAUGUUGGCUGAAUAUACACGGCUGCUCACAGACCCGCGUUACUUCAACCCUCUGAAUCUGAUCCAGAAUCUGAUCCUGACAGAGAGGCGCCUGCAGCAGGACCUUUCUGAACCAUUGGUCACAGAUUUAGUGUUUCUUGUUGUUUUAUUUGUCAGUAUGUCGACGUGUGUCUUGGUACACAGCUACGAACAUGUAGCUAUGUAGCUAUGCUAACUAGCGCUAGCACUUAUCCAUGAUAAAUAAAAAUCAUCCACUAGAUCUUCAAAUCUGCAGACGUGGGGAGUCAAACCGACCUUUGUGUUCAUUAAGACAGCCUACAACUAGCAUGCCUCCCUCCUAAGCUCCUUGUUAGCACACGUGUGUGCAGGGAAUGAAAAACGGAGGAGGGGUUGAGUUGUAUUUUAUACAGUCUAUGGGCUGAACAAGCUCCGAGCUCUGACUUCCUGUUACAGACCGAAUGGCGUUGUGACGUAUGAAAAACACUGAAAACUGAAACGGCUGGUUUCAGCACACAUUUACAGAAAGGUGGAGAAAUCAGAACAGGGGCAGAAUGGAUUCUUUUACUUUUCAGGGGGUUUGUAGACAGGGACACAUAUUUCAGGGAGAGAACCAUUAAAAAGUUGAUUUAGCAUGAUAUGUCACCUUUAAAGGCCAGUGUUGUUUCACUGGAGGAGUGGGCAGGGAAGCGUUUCAGUCUAAAAUCUGACUAUUAAGACAUUUCUAAAUAGUCUGAUGUCCACACACUACCUAAAAAAAAAAAAACAAAGUGCAAACUGUAAACUUUUCUUUAAAGGUGCAUUUUGUAGUUUCGCUAACAUUGAAUUCAAACACUAUCAUUUUGCGGCGGAGGUCAUGGAGAAAAUCUAGAUUUCCUUUUUUUUAAAUCGCCUGAAACCAAAAAUGCGAUUAAUCGAUUAAAUCGAUUUAUCGUACAGCCCUAGUUGCCGUGGUAACUUUACUUGACCUUUACAUAUCCUCCAAACAGCGAGCGACUUAUUUAGAACAUCUCCGUCUUUACAAAAGCCAAAGUGUUUCCACACGCUGGACCGCAAUGGUGGCUUGAUCAUUCCUCACUCGCCGGCUUCUCCUCUGCCGUCCGCCAUACUAUGUUUUAUUGUCUUGUGGCGCGUGGUGAUGACAUCACAGACAGGCAGCCUGAAUUAAGUAACGUUUAACGUCUUUAUCAUUAAAAGUGUAAAAAAAAAACACAUCCAUAUAAAGUCUGCCGUGCUUAGAUCCAAUGUGUUAUUUCCUAGUAUGGAUACAAUCGAUGUAUUACCUUUUAAAACGAUGUUAGAUCGAUAUAUGUCGUCCAGAAGGCCAACUUGCCGAGCACAGAUCGAUGUAGUCGGGUCAUAGGAAUAUAAACCGAUGCAUCGAUGUAGUAGAUGAAUCGUUACACCCCUACUCCUCGUUGGAUGGAAGCAUCAGAGUGUAAAGACACUCGCAUGUUUAUCUCUUCUUGUUUUACGUAGCCCUAAUUUGUACCCACGUCAAAAGCUUUCUCUCGUCCCUUCAUGAAAUCCAAUGUAGCUGCUUGUUUCAUUUGAGGAUUUGAUUUCAUGAAGUUGUACUCCCUUCGGUCAGAGUUGGGCCAUGACUUUCGUUCAUGUAGCACUUUCUUAUCCUUUUUUAUUUUAACUGUAUCCGGAAUAUGGACAGCAAUUUUAACUGUGAGAAUACCUGCAUUAUUUGACUUCCUUUUCAGUCACUUUAACACAAAUAUGUAGCUUUCCAAACAUGCACACAUCGGUUUUGAUUUCCCCUCCUCCCUAAUGAAUUAUAAAGAUGUAUGUGAGGUAAGCUCUUAGGUGAGAUGCUUUAUGUUCCUGAGCUUUGGUUUGUUCUGUCAUGUUAAACACACUGCAGGCGACCCCACAAACACAUCCCUUGUAGAGGUCUACUUUCUGCCUUAGCAUCCUGUGCCUUGCUGGUAUUUAAGUGUGUAAUAAAAGGCCUUAAAAGUGCUCAGCAGUUCAGUUCAAAGAUAUUUCACUGAUGCUGUCCAGUCAGAAAUGUGGCUACCUCAAUUUUAUGUUUUUUUUGUAUCUUGUUGUGUGCUCUGUUGUACAAUAACACAAUGGCUCUACAGAUGAAUGAUGACUUCUCUGUUUGGGGAAAGUCCUCUUCUGACUUUAACAAAGCGAUGUUACAAUAAGUCAUUUUUGGCUUUGAAGGAAGGAAAGGCUUUGAAAUAAAGAGAAUAACACAAUUUCA